CAAAAACGCCACACACAUCACAUCAGAUGACACAACCCGGCCCACCCAGGCCAGGCAGGGGGCACGGCAUAUGCACAUGGCAGGCAGACAGGCAGGGAAUGCUGGCAAGCAGGUGGACAAAUAGACCAGCUGCUCACCUCGGAUCAAUCUUGGCUGGCUGCCGUAGGCUAGGUGGUGUGCUGCACGUGGCUACCGUACUCAUCCCUCCCUCCCUCGGCAACACCGCAGUACGUACGCACAGUGCAGUCAGUAUAGUCUGUACGCAUGGCAUGCACUGCGCCGUCCGUGCAGUGUGUGUGUGUGUGUGUGUGGAUCAGAACGGACUUGCCUGUCUCCUCGCCUUGCCCCCCCGCCCCGACCCCCAUUUGCUCGGACUGCCUGGCGGAUGCCCACUCGCCGAUGUGUUGGCAUCCGUGGCGAUCUGCAGACCACCACCCACACCCCCCUGGCCCGACCCCGAACGCCCUUCGCCUAUUCUCCCCCUGGACUUGUUGCUGCCGGGGCUUUCCCGCCGGCUGCCGGCCUCUGCAGCUGUGGAGGCCUGCUGGUGACUGCUGCUGAUGGGGAGGGGGGCUGGCAGGGGCGCCUUUGCGGCCUUCUUGUCCUUCUCACGAGACAAUUUGGCAGCAGGAGUGUAGAAGGCCAUGCCACCUAACACCACACACACAGACAGAGACGGGGGGGGGAGGGGGGGAGGGACAGAUGAGGUCAGCUGAGCUUGCCGGGUGUGACUUGACUUGGUGUGAUGGGCUGUUUCGUUUCCCACCUGUUAUGAAUAUGUUGUCUUUGUCGGACGUACUGACGGCCGUGUACUUGAGCCGAUGACCCUCACGGUAAAAGACAUAAUGCUGGACAGACAGACAGACAGACACAGACAGGUGCAACGCGCUCUUCGUUGCCGCACAUCAUGGCAGGUCAGGUAAUACACACCUGGAGUAUGAGCAGUAUGUCGUAGGCCAUAGACGCGCCACCGAUCAGCAUCUUGGGGAUGUUCUCCAGGAUGUAGUCGGCGUCACUGAAUGCUAUCGCAUCGAUGCAGUUCUGCAGCAGCGAAAAAAUGCCUCCACUUAUGUCCAGCAAGAUCUGCUGGAUCGCCAUACCUAUCCAAUCCACACACACACACACACACGUGGAGGUCGGCCAAUGCAGCGAUGGAUAGGCUCACUCACCCUUGGUUGAUUUGUUCCUGUAGUUCAAAAGGAUCUGAGGAAUAUACUUGACUAUCGUGAUGAAGGCCUUCACCAAACCUGAUUGAUGAUUUAUCGACACACAGUGACAUCCAUGGUGUGGGUGUGUUGUUGGCCCCUCCAUCCCUCCCUCCCUCCCCUCCCCCUUGCUCGGCUCGGCUCACCAAGAUAGGAGACGACACUCCACCCCUGCAGGCUCCACAGAAGCGUCGACACCCCAGCCCCUCCCGAUAUAGAGCUCUCCACCGCACCAAGCUGCCGCCUCCUGUGGCCGUCGUCAGCUGCCAGGAAGCCAUCCAGUGCCCUCCGCCAGUGCGUCGAGUCCCUCAACGACCCCUCAACAUUGGCUGUGGCGGGCAGCGCGUGGUGGUGGUGGAUGGUGUACCAUGGGAUGACCCCCAUGCUGGCCAUCCCCAUCUGCACUACCAGCAGCAGGAUGAGAGCCCCUGAGAGGAUCCGUGCGGGCCAGCCGAUGGUCUGCCCGCCCUUCUCGUAGAUGAGGAUCUGGUAGCCGAGCACCGAGCAGAUGAAUAGGGCGUGCACCGAGAAGAAGACGUCGUGCAGCUCCACUGCAAAGGCCAGGUUGUGGCGGAUCUGGAUCACGUAGCGCACCACGGUGUAGGUGCUGUAGGCGGCGAACCCGACGAUAUUGAGCCAGGCCAAGUCAAAGGAGAAGCCGACACAUGACUUCCUGGUGUAGUUGAGCCACACUUGGGGGUAGAAGGAGAAGGUCCAGCAGAAGACAUAGAUCACGCCGCACGCCGAUGACAGGAACUCCAGAAUCUGGAAGAUCACGUGCUGCUCGUCCGCGGCUGCGAGUGGAGCCUCCUCCUGGUCCUCAAUGAAGCUGUCGGCUGGCUUCCACUCCUCGUCUCUGCCCGCCCUGGCCAUGUCCUUGACCAUGUUGCCCCGCUUCCUGCCCUUGUUGGCACGCAUGUCCUCCUGCCGGCUGACGUUGCGGUGGGUGGCGUUGGAGGUGCGGUUCGUGCCGCCGCUCCGCUGCUGCUGGUCGCCCUCAGUGACCUCCAUCUCAUCUGGGUCGCUCUCCCUGUCCACCAAAGCACCCAGCGAGUCGCCCGCUGACGGGGUGUCGCAAUCCGCACCGCUGGCGCUAUCGCAUUCGGACGGCGAUGCAACCUGCCAAAGACAACCACCAGCCAAGAGAUCCACAUAUCCAUCGGAACAGCACUCGUUCGCUCAGUCGGUCUAUCUAUCGGCUCUCUGCCACCUCUCACUGACUGACCAGUGUGACGGGGUCGUCGGUGAGGAGUUCGUACAUUUUGUCCCAGAGCUUGCCGGUGACGAGCAGCUUGUGUGUCCAGAUGUUGUUCUUGAAGGCGAUGCCGUUGAGGACGUCCCGCUUCCCGUUGCCGGCCGUGUUGCUCAGGUGCACCCCCUUCAGCCCCAGCUCCCCCAGGCAGUCGCCCGUCGUGGGGUCCACUCUGACGAUGUACUCCUGGAACCACACGUUGGCGUACACGAACGGAGUCACGUACUCGAUCUCAUUGAGCUCUUCAGUCGGCACACCGUUGAAGCACGACACCUCCCGGGCCGCACGCACGUCGACAGACGAGGCGUCGGCCGGGAUGCGCAGCUCCAUGACGUAGGCUGACCCGUUGGUGGCGUAGAAGGUCCCCGGCUCCUCGGCGUCGUGUGCGUAGGCCAGGCCCCAGCCGUCGUAGGGAUAGUCGAGCUCAUUCAGCAGCUCCAGUGUGGUCAGGUUGUAGACGAGUAUACGCUUCUCCCGCCAGGUGAGGACGAAGACGCGGCCGUUCCAGAUGGCCGCCCCCUCGGCGAAGAACUUGUCGGGGAUGUUGGUUUCCUUGAGGAGGGUCAGGUCGGGGUAGGUGUAUUUCUUGAUGCGCGACUUGCGGUAGAGGCCGCAAGUCUCAAGAACUGUCGUGUUGUCGAUGAACAAUAGACCCUGCAGCGCAGCGCAGCAAGGACGGAAGGAAGGAAGGUUGACUCACAAAGGGCCAGUGAGGGACAGGCAAAGAGGGACGGAAGGCGCCACCUCAACAGUCAUCGCAUACGUACGUACGUACCUGUGUGAAGCACUCAUGGUCGUGGUCCAGCACACGAUUCACCUGAUAUGCCAAGUCACUCGGAGCGGCCACUGCUCCACUGCAGGCAAGGACGACCAAGACAACAGCUGUCCGCAAAAAGCGCCUCGCCAUCACCGUCCUCAUCCGGUCGCAGCCUUCUUGCUGUGGCUUAGUCUUCAUGCCCGUGUUGUCAAGGACGCGGCAUCAAGCGAGAUAGAGGACAGCCCUCUUUCAAGGUCUCUCGAGGCAAGAAGGUCUCUGGGGAGAGAUGACCAAGCUCGAGGCGGCGAGAAGCCGUCUGCUUCCUG